AUGACUCGAACGACGACGACGACGAAAGCAGCCCAGGUAGAAACAGCAUACGUAUUUAACAGGCAAAGAAGAAGAGGUUUAUUUCGAAAUGAUGAACAUCGCACAAACCGACGACGAGGAGAGAAUCGCUCAUCUAAUCGCCGGUUGAAUUCGAGAGGCGCUUCGUGUUCGUCCCCGAUUGGAAAUGUGGUUACUCCGAGCGAGAAGACGACCAGGACGACGACGAACAGACGGAAAGCUUUGUUAGCAGCGAGUGGAUUGGUUUUAGGAACGAAAUAUUACGACAACACGGAAGAAGCGAAAGCGUUCAUUGAUUUACCCAGUCGAUUGCACAACAGAUACUUCCUCGUCAGACACGGGGAGAGUACGUUAGACGUACGAAAUCAGAUAUUAUCGAAUCCGAGUUAUAAAUAUGACACCACUUACGGAUUGACCGCAAAAGGCGUGGAACAAGUGCACGAAGCUGCGAGAAUUAUUGUCGAAGAGUACGACGGUUCGCCGUCGUGGUUAUACACGAGUAAUUUUCAGCGGUCGUUCCAAACGGCGCUGGUUAUGCGAGAAGACUUAGGAUUACUCUUUAGCGAAGUGAGGACAGAGUUCAGCGGUUUGUUGGACCCGAGAAAGAUGGGAAGUUUAGAUUUCCAGGACCAAUCAAAUUGGAAAGAAGUCUGGGAAAAUGAUUUGAAAGAUCCUCUAUCGACGCCUCCACCUGUGUCGGACUCUUUGCAGCCGUCUGCAAGCGUUGAGUCGGUGAGAGAUUUGUACAGAAGGACGCUCGAAGCGUUCACGAGAUUAGAGGCUACAUAUUUCGGCACGGAUAUCGUAUUGGUUUCGCAUGCGGAUACACUGUCGUGUUUUUGUGCGGCGUUAUAUGGAACCGAUUUGGGGAGACACCAUUUAGAUUAUCCGUUUGAGUUAGGUGAGGUUAAAUGCGUCGAUUUGUCUGGCAUUCCUGAAAAAGGUUCGAAAAUGGCGCCUACUGACAUUCAAGGCGAGUAUGCGGUUGGCGAUAAAGCCGUAAAUUAUUUGUAA